AUGCAUGAACCUGAUCUCACUGAUCCAAAGAAACUGGCACUUCAUAAACUGUACAGACCGGAAAGAGUCACUCCAAAUGAGAGGGGGUAUCAACUUCUCAAUACUCCUCGCAUAAACAAGGGCAUGGCAUUCUCCUUGUACGAACGUCAACAUCUUGGAAUUCAUGGACUAUUGCCGCCGGCCUUUAUGACUCAAGAGCAGCAGGUAUAUCGUACGAUGAUGAGAAUCCGAGAGCAAAAGGACAACUUGUCGAAGUAUAUUAUCCUCGAUGAACUACAGUGUCGCAAUGAAAAGUUGUUCUAUCGAAUUCUAAGUGAAAACGUCAGGGAAUUGAUGCCUAUCGUUUAUACUCCUACAGUCGGUUUGGCUUGUCAAGAAUUCGGACACAAUUACAGGCAUCCAAAGUAA